GCUACAUCGCCGUCGCCGCCGUUCGUUCCCAGUCAAAUUUGUGUGUUGUGUGCGCCAAUUUCAGCGGGGGCCAAAAUCAAUAAUCUGCUUGUGUGAUUUUCGCGGCUUUUUUUUUGUGUUUUCUUUUAAAAAACAAUCAAUACCCGAAGAAUGGGCACAGAAACCAAGAGCAACAGUUACACAGGACAGAUUUCAACAAGUGGCGGCAACCCCAAAGUGAUGAAAGAUUCUUUAUCCCUAGUUCGUCAGACGGUCAAUCAGCAAUCGCAAUCGAACCAGGUCCAGAACCACUUGAAUUCAAAUUCAAAUUCCCAAACGUAUCCGAGCGAAAGCGAAAACGAGAACGAACUGAAUUCGCGCGAUAUUCGAGCAGAGCAGGAGGAUAAAUCGAGAAAAGAGGCGAUUGUUCCCUUUGUCCCCCUGUUUGUUGAGGAGGCCGACGUGAUUCACGGGGCCAAGGAACUGUUGAAGGUUAUUCGACCGACCUGGGACCUCAGCCACGUCGAGUUUAAGAGUUUCACCGAUGGCAUCACAAACAAACUGGUCGGAUGUUUCCACAAAGAGCACGCCAAACUGAGAGAUGAGAACGGCGGCUCGUACUUGCCCAUCAAGACGCAGGGUCUGUCGCCGGUCCAGUCGGAGGAUCCAGUCAUCAUCGAGAAGGAGGACGAUGGGUUCGCAGACACAGACCAUGGGACCACAGACGAUGGGGCACCUGUACAGUACUCCGAUAACGUAGUGCUCGUGCGGAUAUACGGAAACAAAACGGACCUACUGAUAGAUCGCAAGGCGGAGACGCAAAACUUUCUUCUACUGCAUACGUACGGCCUCGCGCCGUCGCUGUAUGCGACGUUCAAGAACGGCCUCGUCUACGAAUACGUACCUGGAACCACCCUGAACACGGACAGUGUGCUCUGUCCAGAGAUCUGGCCCCUGGUGGCCCGUCGCAUGGCCGAGAUGCAUCGCAAGGUGAGGAAGCACGGGGAGGGUUCGGCGGCCAAACCAAUGCCGAUGAUAUGGAAGAAGACGCAGAGCUUUCUCGAUCUAGUACCUGAACGUUUUAGUGAUGCUGAUAAACACAAAAGAGUGAAAGAUACGUUUCUACCCAUCGGCCGCCUGCGCGAGGAGUUCAACAGGCUAUACGGAUACCUUGAGGCUCUGGACAGUCCGAUUGUCUUCUCCCACAACGACCUACUGCUGGGCAAUGUCAUCUACACGCAGAGCCUGAAGACCGUCAACUUCAUCGACUACGAGUACGCCGACUACAAUUUCCAGGCCUUCGACAUUGGCAAUCACUUUGCGGAGAUGUGCGGCGUGGACGAGGUCGACUACUCCCGCUACCCGAAGCGCGAGUUCCAGCUGCAGUGGCUGCGGGUCUACCUAGAGGAGUACCUCCAGCGCAGCCACAUCCAGAACGAGGAGGUGGAGCUGCUGUACGUCCAGGUCAAUCAGUUUGCGCUGGCAUCGCAUAUCUUCUGGACGGUGUGGUCCCUGUUGCAAGCCGAGCAUUCCACCAUCGAUUUCGACUACGUUGGCUACGCAUUUCUUCGGUACAACGAGUACUUGGCUCGGAAGGACGAGUUUCUGGCCUUGACUGCAGCAAAGAACAAUAAGUGAUUUCUCUCUCCCGGCCACUCACCGCAUUGGGAGUUACUUAAUUAUGUGCCCAGUGAUAUAUGUAUCAACUAAGGCUGGAACGGCUCUCAAUGUUAUACAUAUGUAUAUAUAUAACGUGUGUUCAGAAAUCAGAAACAGAAACAAAAACCUAAACCGAAACCGAAACCGAAAAAACAAACCUAAAUUAGUGUCGUGUUCGUGCCAGCCUUAGUGUAUGUACAGUGCUCACUCGAUGCAGUGGACUAGUGAAGACCAAAGGGUGUGCACUGAAUCGAAUUUGUUCACUAUAACGAGUCACAAAGCAAAAAUAAUAAACAUAUUUUCAAAAAACACGUUUUCAAAAACACGCCGUUCGUUUUUUUUAUUUAAACAAGAAUUUUAAAAUUUCUUUAAUAAAUUGUUCACUCCUACUAAAAGUUCACAUAAUCGAGUGUUCACUCUAAAGAGAGGGCACUGUAUAUAUAUAUAUAUAAAGAAUUUGUAUAUGUUCUUUAAUUUGUAUAAAUCGAUAUUUUGUAGUCAUAAAUAAAGCGAAGGUAUGUACUUUAAAGUAUAAA